AUGUUUAGUUUCCAUAAGCCGAAGAUCUACCGGUCGUUAUCGGGUUGUUGUAUCUGUAGAGCCAAGUCUUCGAGCUCUCGCUUCACAGACAGCAAGAAAUACGAACCGGAGUUCGAGAAGUGCUUUCAGAUCAUCGAAAGAAGAAGUGGAGAGAUAUGUAAUGCAUGUGUACUUCUGGUUAAGCGAUGGAAGAAAUUGCCCACAAAUACGACCCGUAAUUGGCAUCAUGUGGUCGACGCCAGAGCCGGACCCGGGACUAAGUCCGGCAAAUCAAAGCCCAACGAUAACUCCAUCGCCAGUACAGCCACUUCUUUGGAUCAAUUGAAUCACAGCUCAAACGCCCGCAAACAUGUCACUCAUCGGAAACUAUUGAAGCCAAAGAUUGUCGACAAUUACAAUAUGAAAGGUAAUGAUCUCCUUGCCACCGACAAUGAGACUACGGUUUGCGAGUCGCCGACAAACACUGCCAUCACUUCCUUCUUAGACAUGUCUUUCUGGAAAAAAGAGAAGAUCUGUUGCGGUGUUAUAUUCAAAGGACCGGACAAUGAAGUACUCAUUUAUCCGAAACUUCUUGAGCCGUGUUGUUGUCGUAAGCGAGCGGUUGUAAUCAAACCGAAACUGUCAGCCGUUGUGAACAGUGGUAGCAGUGAUAGCGGUUCUAUUGGCUCGUCAGUGAUCGAAGACGACGCCAAUAGUAACGCCAGUUCUGGCAAUAUAUCACUCAUUUAA